AUGGUAUGGGCAUGCCUCGCUUCCUGUUUUCGUGCAUGGGAGUACUGCUUCAUUUUCUUGAGGGUUAAGCUUCGUAAGCUCAAAAGGGUACACAGAGAACACAGACGAGACAUUGAAGACGAGUUCGAUACAAGUGAUGAAGAAGAUGAAGAAGAUGAUGAUGAUGAUGAUGAAAGCUUUUCAUAUGAUCAUGUUCCUAUGGAUGUGAGCAGGUCAAUAUCUCACCGAUGGAGGGAUUACAGAGGUGCUCACUUGAGGAAGUCCUUGCGGCCGAGGAAUCAUCGCAUACAAGUAGGUAUUAGUAGGGAUUCUUCAAUUCAUGGUGGUAGAUCAGGAAAUCAUAUUAAGACCGUUGAUCAUGAUGACAUUAGGGUAAUCAGGACAUCAAAGUUUGCGCACAAAGGAAGAAAUUAUAAGGGUGGGGUUUAUCACAGGCGUAGGUAG